AUACAUUGACCUUUUGAAAAAUGUUUCUUCUUUAGGUUCGACUCCAAACUAUGCCAAUCCCCAAAUCGGGGGAAUCACCGCUAUAUACAAGUACACUAGACUGUUUCAAAAAAACUGUCAAGAAUGAAGGAUUCAAGGGAUUAUAUAAAGGAAUGGGGGCUCCUCUAGUGGGUGUAGCUCCAAUUUUCGCAAUAUCUUUCAUGGGCUAUGGGGUAGGAAAAAAAAUUUUUGGUCCAUCUGAUGGCACAAGGCAUUCUUACAUGGAAUAUUUCACUGCCGGUGCAUUUUCUGGAAUUUUUACUACUAUCAUUAUGGCUCCUGGUGAGCGGAUUAAAUGUUUAUUACAAAUUCAACAAGGAGCAAAUACACCCAAGGUAUAUAAUGGUCCAGUGGAUUGCAUCAAGAAACUGUAUAAACAGGGUGGUAUCAGGAGCAUAUAUAGAGGAGCUGGAGCGACAUUGUUAAGAGAUGUCCCCGCUAGUGGCAUGUAUUUUCUUACGUAUGAGGUAAUUAAAGGUUACAUGACGAAUAAUGGGGAAGAUACUCCUGGUAUUUUAGGGACAAUUCUAGCUGGAGGAUCUGCUGGAAUAGCAAACUGGUUCAUUGGCAUGCCCCCUGAUGUAUUGAAAAGUCGACUUCAAACAGCUCCAGAAGGCACCUACAAAAAUGGUAUUAGAGAUGUGUUCAAGCACUUAAUGAAAAACGAAGGACCUCUGGCUCUCUAUAAAGGAAUAACUCCUGUUCUUUUGCGUGCCUUUCCAGCAAAUGCAGCCUGCUUCGUAGGCUUUGAAUUAUGUAAGCAGUUUUUAGACUUCUUGUUUCCAAAAGAGAAGAAGUACAUUUAAUUAACGGUUUAUUGAAAGCUGCUUCAUUGAACCUGUCGUUAUUGGAAUAGUUACUAGUACCAUAUCAAAACGGAACACUUCAGUGAAAGGUUCUAGCAGUAUAUCAAUUUUCAAGGCAAGUUUGAAAGCUUACCCCAUCCAAAAUAGUGAUCUAUUGAAUAUAAAAUUCAGUAUUUUUGAUAUUCUCACUUUUGCUGUUGAAGAAAUUAGCAAAACUGUUCCGAAGUGGUAAUUUCAUCAACAUUUUGAACAUAUAUUCCCAGUUUGUUUGGAAAUAUAAAAUAAACACACAAAUAAUAAUCAAAUUACACAAAUCUGGAAGAUAUUACCUAUACUCAUGAAGACUGCAAGAAUUACAAUAUUGUUGAUAUUUACUUCUAUAGUGGAAAUUUGUCAUUUCGAUGUUUAGGCAAAUGAUAUAUCUGAACCACUUCAGUCAUUACGUAUUGCUCAGUAUUGCAGAUGUUGUAUUCCUGAAAAGUUCUUUAUGUUCUGUUAAGUAUUUGCCUCUUGAGUAUUUGCAUCAUUGUUAGAUAACAAAUAAAAUUUUGAAUACGUU